UGGCAUUCUCUUCCACCACUAGCUCCCUCACUUCUCACCAUCAAGAGUCACCUACAGACACAGAUCAGAUUUGAAUCUCCCGAUUCUAACUUCCAGUCUGCAACAUGCUGGCAGACACUGGCUUGGGACUCGUCAGCGAGCUCAAAGCCAAACUUGGCUGGGCUCUCCUCCAAAUCGUCCCGGUUGCUUUCGUCGCCUAUAACCUCCUAUGGCUAAUAUACACAUUGUUCUUUUCGAGUCUGCGAAAGAUCCCAGGGCCCUUUCUGGCGCGAAUAUCACGACUGUGGGAGAUGAGGAAGGCUGCCACAGGGAAUAUUCAUGAGAUCAUAAUGGAUCUACACAAAUGCCACGGACCCAUUGUUCGUAUAGGGCCGAAUCGAUACGACUUCGAUACCAUGGAAGCUGCCAAGAUCAUAUACCGAAUUGGCAACACACUGCCCAAAGCCGACUACUACAUCCCAUUUGGCUUGCCAUCGUUCCCGAAUCUGUUCGAUGUGCAAGAUUCAGCCCGUCACUCGGCUAUAAAGAAACAGUUCGCUCCCUUGUAUACAAUGACUGCCUUGCUAUCCUAUGAACAGGGCGUUGACGGCCAGACGGUCAUUCUGAAAGAAGAGCUUCAGCGGUUCUCGGACCAGAAGCAGGUCAUCGAUCUACCACAGUUUCUCCAAUACUAUGCCUUUGACGUUAUCGGAGUCAUUACUGUUGGCAAGUCGAUGGGAAUGAUGGAGUCGAAUUCGGACACAAACGGUGCCUGCGGCGCCUUGGAUGCCAUGUGGCACUACUCCUCCAUGAUGGCCUAUAUUCCACACAUGCAUGCCUGGUGGUUAUGGCUCUCCUCACUUCUGCCUAUCGAAGUCCCCAUCAAGGGCCUAACCGAGUAUGUCGAACGACAGAUCAUGCAGUACAGACUCAGGGCAGCAGAGUUUGGCGACAACGCUACACUCAAGAAUGAGAACAACUUCCUGGCUAAGCUCCUCCUCAUGGAGAAGGAGGGAAAGGUCACUUCAGUGGAGACUCAGCAGGCUAUUGGCCUAAACAUUGGGGCGGGGUCUGAUACGACGGCAAAUGCGCUGAGUUCCAUUCUGUACUACCUGUACACGAACCCACGAACUCUACAAUGUCUUCGGGAGGAGUUGGAUAGAUAUGUCAAAGUGGAUCCCCUCAGCUUCCAGAAAUCGCAAAGCAUGUCUUACCUGCAAGCUGUCAUCAAGGAAGCUCUGCGGCUGCACCCGGGUGUAGGCACGCAACUGACGCGUGUAGUGCCAAAGGGUGGCCUGGUCAUUGAGGGGCAGUUUUUCCCUGAGGGUACUGAGGUUGGUGUCAACGGAUGGGCGCUUUAUCACAAGAAAGCUAUUUUCGGUGUUGAUGCGAGCGAAUUUCGUCCCGAGCGAUGGUUGGAGACUGGUGAGAAUCUGAAUAUUGGUGGAUCCUUUGCGUUUGGAGCCGGCUCUCGAUCCUGCAUUGGCAAGAAUAUCAGCAUUUUGGAGAUGUCAAAGGCCAUUCCCCAGAUCGUUCGUAACUUCGACAUCGAAAUCAACCAGGGGGAGAUGACAUGGAAGAAUGAGUGCUGGUGGUUUGUGAAGCCUGAGUACAAGGCUAGGAUUAAACCCCGGGCGUCUUAG